CGACGUGCAAAGGUAGCCGUCGCUAUCGGGAAUGGGCGAAUUAUCGGUGGUUACGUAUAACCGAUGAAGAUAAACGCGCUCACCCCUACAAAAAGAUAGAAUUCGAGACGAGGUUAAGUCACGCUCGACUAAACUGGAUGCCCCGUAAUAGAUUCCAAAUGAGUUUGUCAAUCUUCGUGUCGCAAUGAUAGGAUAUAUUUUCAAGCGAGAUUGCAGCAUGGUAAAAAAAACGUCACAUGAUAAAUAGUUUUCUCGCCUCUACCUUCUUCAAAAUUAAUUUCAACAACGACAAGAAAACAUCAGGUAUUCGACGCACCUGAAAAAUUCACUGUAUUCCAGCGCCCUGAGUAACAUUGCGGUCGGAGUGAGAAUUACUCAUAGCCGGUAAUAUCGGUAUCUUCAAUUUCCAUCGGAUUCCCUUUGAUGACGUUUAAUAUUAAACUGAAAGUCCAGGGACGCAAUGUUCUUCAUCAAUCACUUCGUCAGUGACGUCAAUUUGUCAUCUUUUCCGCGUAUUCACGAUACUGCAUGUACUUAUAGAAAAUGUUACAGUCUCUCAUUCUGUUCUGGUUUUAUUAACAUAUCGACAAUGUUCAGCUUGAGACCUCAGAGUGCCACCACGAGGCAGGAGAUUGAGAUGAUCAACAAGGCCCAACGGGCUGUACACAACACUACGGACUGCAUGGAGAAACUACGUCUGCUUUGCCUGGCUAGAGGUGCCAAUGGCAUUCUUGGGCUGGGUAGGGCGUUCCGUCGUAUGGACGACGAUGGCAACAAGAAGCUGAAUCUCGAGGAGUUCACGAAGGGUCUGGAGGAGACCGGCCUGGAAAUGUCCGAGGACGACAUCAACGAUGUCUUUCAGAAAUUUGACACCGAUGAAGACGGUAACAUCAGCGUUGACGAGUUCAUCGUUGGCAUAAGACCACAGAUGUCUCAGAGCCGCAAAAAUGUGGUCGAGCAAGCGUUCCAGAAAUUGGACAAGACCGGCGACGGGCGGAUCACGAUCGACGACCUGAAGGGCGUCUACAACGUCAAGUGUCACCCGCGUUACAUCAGCGGUGAGGAGAGCGAGGAGAGCAUCUUGAACAAGUUCUUGUCCAACUUCGAGCAAGGCAUCGCGGAUGGCAUCGUAACGGAGGAAGAGUUCUUGAAUUAUUACUGUGCUAUCAGCGCGAGCAUAGAUCACGACGCGUACUUCGACUUGAUGAUGCGUAACGCUUACAAAUUGUGAAUCUCGACCGGCGGUUACACUUCGACAACAUAACGUCUCCUAUUCUGCGUCCUUCCGUUCGACGAUAACCGUCGCGGCUACACCAAACUAAUGUAUAAAUUAAUUUCAUCAUUAUUACAUUGUCUCGAGCCAGUGUGCCUUGCUUAUUGUUAAACUCGCACGUAGUGAUUGCUGAUCGCUAGUCUAAAAGCAAGUCUAAAAGCAAACGUAAGCUAUUCUUGAUAAUCGUAAGUCGUCCAGCUGAUUUCGAUAAUCGAAAUUAAUAGCAGAUAUACAUAUAUCUCUGUAUACAUAUACGAUUCUAUUAAUCGUAAUUCAUCGCAACGCGCAUCCUCGACGAAGGGGAAGAGGUCGGCCUCGGGAGAAAAAUUUAUUUGUUGCCUUAUUGUCAUUCCCUGCCACAGAUUCUAGUGUCAGGCAGCUCGGAAGAUGAGUCUAUUUCUGGAGAGUAGUUCGGCGAACUCGCGAAUCGAAUCAAAGCGCAGCCGACUCUACGCCGUCUCUCUCCCCUUCGGCGCUCCAAUUAAUUGUCGAUAAUGACAGAAGUUGGUUGUAGGGUCCAAUUUUAUAUAGCGCGAGUGUAUAACACGCAUAUAUACGCUAUACCACUGCACAGACACCGUGCAUUCUCGUGCUUUAAACGUUUUUCUGUAAGACCGUGCGUUUGCUUCUGCGCAAAUAAACAGUCGCGGUUAGACGUACUGAACUGCCGACCGCAAAAAUUACUUCGA